CAGUAGGAUCGGGCUCGUUUUCUUUCAUUCGGCAGCCGGCUCAACCAAAAACCACGCCCCCCUCGCCCGCGCCGCUCCCUCCUCCCCCUCACCGGCGCGCCCCCACGCGCCGCGCGCUCCUUUACGCGGUCGGCUCGUGGGAUGCGCCACCUGCUGCUCCCCCGCCGCCUCCUCUCGUCCCCUGCCAUGUCUCGCGCUCCCGUCUCCAGCUCCGCCGCCGCGGCCAAAGCCCUCCACCCCUUAUACCCCGCCCGCGGCCGACUCCCCUCCCCGCCCGCGCGCCUCCCUAUCCCGGCCGGGCGGGUGUUCCGGGGCGUCUCGCUCCGAUGCUACGCCGCCGCCGCGGUGGCCGAGCAGCACCGCAUCAAGGUCCAGAACCCCAUCGUCGAGAUGGAUGGUGAUGAGAUGACGCGGGUCAUAUGGAAGAUGAUAAAGGAUAAGCUCAUCUUCCCGUACCUGGAGCUGGACGUGAAGUACUAUGAUCUUGGGAUCCUAAACCGGGAUGCCACAGAUGAUAAAGUCACCGUUGAGAGUGCCGAGGCUGCACUGAAGUAUAAUGUUGCUGUUAAGUGCGCGACGAUUACCCCAGAUGAGACUAGAGUCAAAGAGUUUAAACUCAAGUCUAUGUGGCGGAGCCCAAACGGCUCCAUCAGGAAUAUUCUAAAUGGGACUGUCUUCCGCGAGCCCAUCCUGUGUAAAAAUAUCCCACGAAUACUUUCUGGUUGGAAGAAGCCUAUUUGCAUAGGAAGGCAUGCAUUUGGGGACCAGUAUCGAGCUACCGAUAUGAUUAUUGAUGGUCCAGGAAAGCUCAAGAUGGUAUUUGUGCCUGAUGGAGCUGAGCUGGUAGAGCUGGAUGUUUAUGAUUUUAAAGGGCCUGGAGUGGCAUUAUCAAUGUACAAUGUGGACGAGUCUAUUAGGGCUUUUGCUGAGUCUUCCAUGGCUAUGGCACUUUCCAAAAAAUGGCCUCUUUAUCUCAGCACCAAGAAUACAAUCCUAAAAAAGUACGACGGGAGGUUCAAGGACAUAUUUCAGGAGGUAUAUGAAGAGAGAUGGAAGGAGAAGUUUGAGGAAAGCUCAAUAUGGUAUGAGCACCGGUUGAUUGACGACAUGGUGGCCUAUGCUGUGAAAAGCGAUGGUGGGUAUGUCUGGGCGUGCAAAAACUAUGAUGGAGAUGUCCAGAGUGACUUCCUUGCCCAAGGUUUUGGCUCUCUGGGUUUGAUGGCAUCUGUUCUGUUGUCAUCUGAUGGGAAAACAUUAGAGGCUGAGGCUGCUCAUGGGACUGUCACUAGGCAUUUCAGGCUGCAUCAGAAGGGACAGGAGACGAGUACCAAUAGUAUUGCCUCCAUAUUUGCUUGGACUCGUGGACUAGAACACCGGGCAAAGCUGGAUAAAAAUGAUGCGCUGCUAGAUUUCACGCAGAAACUUGAAUCUGCAUGUAUUCAAACUGUAGAAUCUGGGAAAAUGACAAAGGAUCUUGCGCUUCUUAUCCAUGGCCCCAAGGUUACAAGGGAUUCUUACCUGAGCACCGAGGAGUUCAUUGACGCCGUCGCUCAGCAACUGCAAGGAAAGAUUCAAAUACCAGCUGCCGUGUAAUUUUGAACUUGAAGCCUGAAAUUGAGCAAAGCAACCUUUUUUUUCCAUCUCAAACAAUUUUCAGUUACAACCCCAUUCAAGGUUGGGUAAAUAAUGAUCCAAACGACAGUGAAUUCAGAGCUACCUUGAAUUCGAUAUAUUAGUUUAGCUUUCCGUCA